GUAUUCACUCUUCAGUUUGAUUCACAAUCUCGUCCCCGUUGGGCGGGUUACGUGUUUAAUCCAAUAAUUAAAUUCAAGUGCCACUCGGAAAAUUUGUUGGAUUGUGUGGGUCGCCACACUUUUCUGUCGUUUGUGUGUUUUUUGAAAAAUUGGUGAUUAUUGGGCCGUCGGAAAAGUGCGAACGUUACCAACUUACCGGCCGUGUCUAUUGCAACUCGGUGCCAAUUACGCGACAAUGAAGCAAAAUUUACCAGAAUCUCCGUCUCGUGACCAGAAUUGCGGCACGCGACACUCGUAGAAGACAAACAUUUGAUGAAAAAUAAAUAAAAAUUAACAUUCUUUCUCGUGCGUUUAUAAAUGUGCAAUUUAGGUGGUUUAAAUAUAAUGGGAUGAUAAAAAUAGACCGUCAAAGAGUUAUGUAAUCACUUUAUUUUUAAAUUACGUUCACUGCAUCGGGACACCGAAGAACAAAUCUCGGUUUGAUGCUCUACCACAAACGCACAGUACUUAGAACCGGAUUACCAUGUCAAAGCAACAGGUUGCUCGUGUGAAUCGGUUGAAUCGCUUUCAAUUAUCAACACCUUGACCCAACCGUACGGGAGAAGCACAGCAGUAUUUUUGUGGGGAAAAGUGCCGACAAAAACUACCGCCCUGUUCAUUCAUAAAUUACCUGCGCUACAUGGCGUGAACGAACAGUUGUUUACAAUCAGUUAUUGCAUAUAUUUUUUCUAGCUGCGAAAAGAGAAAAUCAACAGCUGCUGCCCGCCACACGUGCAGCUUUCAGUGAAUGGAUUAUUAUUUCCGAUUCUGUUAAUUCAAUUGAUUCUUUCGGCACUAGUGUAAUUAGUGAAUAUCAAUCGACAAAUAUUGAACGAAAGUGAAACUUAUUCAUCAUGCCGGCCAACUCUAAGAAGAAGAAACAUAGGAAACCAAAAAACCAACAACACAACUCCAACGAACGAGAAAAUGAAAGUGAAAAAACAGAAACCCAAAAAUCAAAUGACCUCCCAGCAACAGAAGAAAACAACAACAAACCUUACAUGGUGAAAAAGUCGGACAUUUGUGGCCGCUAUUUAGUUGCCUCGCGGAAUCUCGAAGCUGGGACGAAGAUAAUCGAGGUCGAACCUCUGGCAGUAGGUCCCUGGGCUGAAAGUGAUCCCGUUUGCAUUGGAUGCCACCGCCAAUUUGAGAAAGAUAGUAAAAUAUUACGAUGUGCUGAAUGUGGAUGGAGAAUUUGCUCACAAGACUGCAACGGUCUUGCAGCCCAUAAGCCGCACCGAAGACUGGAAUGCAUUCCUCUCAAAGAGCACAAUGUUUCGAAGAUCUUGGAGAAAAGUUCUGCUGUGAAUGUUAAACUAAUGUACGAAGCGAUAUUCGCCCUCCGAUGUUUGCUGCUGAAGAAGGUGGACCCAGAAAAGUAUGAACACCUCCUCAAAAUGGAUCCCUUGAAUGAGUUGAGGGAACAAAUUUCCGACCUGUGGAAGCGCAAUCAGCAAACAAUAGUCGCCAGAAUUCGGGAUGAGUGGCAAUUUGAGGAAUUUUCAGAACGAGAGAUUCAUACUGUCUGCGGUAUAAUCGAGGUGAACUCCUUCCAGAUUGGUCCGAACAAUGUUCAUGCAAGAGCUUUGUAUCCGGAGGCGUUUUAUCUUAUGCAUGAUUGCACGCCCAAUACCACGCACACCGACGAUCUGGAAAGCCAAAUACUUUCAGUACGACUGACCAAGGAUCUCAAAGCUGACGAUCCAAUCACUUUGUCGUAUUCAUACACUCUUCAAGGAACGUUGAAGCGGAGACAGCAUUUGUAUAGUAGCAAAUUUUUCUGGUGUCGAUGCAACCGCUGCACUGAUCCAACAGAGUUUGGGACACACUGUAGCACGUUAAAAUGUUCCAGUUGUCCGAACGGACUUGUUCUGCCGACUGACCCGUUGGAUCAGAAUGCUGAAUGGAAAUGUAAAACCUGCACAUACACAGUUUCAGCAAAAAAUGUUAACCAGCUUCUUGAUAAACUAUUCAAAGAAGUUGAUGCCAUCGAUGGAAACAGCGUCCAACUUUACGAAGAAUUCAUAGAGAAAUAUAGGAAUGUGUUACACGAGAAUCAUUACCUGUUUCUAUCAGCGAAACACUCGCUUUGUCAGCUGUAUGGCAAAAUUGAAGGCUAUCUGUUACCCGAAAUGACGCUGGAACAAGUCAAGCAUAAGGAAACUCUUUGUCGCGAUCUGCUCACUCUAGUCGAUAAAUACGAACCAGGACUGAGUCGCUUGAGAGGGGUAGUUAUGUACGAACUACAUGCACCAAUCAUGGUACUGUCACAGUAUCAGUUCCAGACUAAACAGAUUACUCUCAACCAACUAAAACAAAAACUGCACGAAGUCCGGCAACUACUGAGUCAAAGUGCAGAAAUUCUCUCCUUUGAAACACCGGGAUCACCAGAAUAUGAUAUGGCACUUGCAGCCCGGGGUGCGUUGCAGCAAAUGCAAACGUAAUGCAUUGAAGAUAUUGCUUCCUCUGUUUUUAUUAAUUUUGUUUUCUUUUUUUUUAUUUUGCAAAUAAAGAAAAGUUGUUAAAGUAAUUGAUAAAAUUA